AUGUGGUUCCCAUUGCCACAAGAGACAUUGUCUCUAAACGAUAUGACACCGAACAGUCUUUUUGAUCAGUGUUUAUCAGUUAUAACAGACAAUCUGGAUUCAAUAUCGAUUCCUAAUCCAACAACUCGUAGCCGUGUCCUCCGUCGUAACGUCGUACUGCCAGCACAAAUAUGCGACAAAUUUCUAGAAGCUUAUCAAAAAAAAUAUCGAUUGAACGACAGUAUUGCUCAUAUAUUCCGCGAUCGUGAAAGCACAAGAUUAACGAUUGUAAAAUUAGAACAUGCUACUAUUACAGAUAAAGGACUUAGAUAUCUUCUUGCACACCGACCACUACAGGUCGAGCUCGUCCAUUGUGAUUGCAUUUCAGAAGCGGCGGUUGGUAUAAUCGCAGCAUAUAACCAGAAUCUGGUCCGACUUAAAUUUGGGCCUUUAAACUUUACAUCAAAUUCUAGGGGGGUUGUUGACAAUCAUAUCAGAAUGAACAUUAUCAAAAGAGAUUUGAUGCAACUCACAUUAAAAAUUGACAAUUCCAUGACCAUACCAGUUCUACGAUUAAAACCAUUAAAUAACAUAACUUUUUUGAAUCUGUCCAAAUUACCGGAGGUGUUUAGUUCACUACAAAUGCGUAUAGAAACUGUAAAGUUCCUGAUAUUACAUAAUGUUCCGCUAACUCCUAACAAUAUGAAAUGGAUAUUACAAGUAUCAGACAAUAUUAAAUUACUUGACAUAUCUCAAGAAAAUGAGACACAGGGCACAGUAGAAAAUGCAACUUCGGUACUCCAUGAACUGGCUACAAGACUGCCCAAGUUGCAAUACCUAGACAUUUCAGGCACUAAUCUAGCUGGUACAGGACAGGGGCAGUCAAUGAUAGCAACUGUAGAUGGAGGGAAAGUGGAAGUUAAAACUGACAUACCCGGGCUUAUUAGCCGAGCAACUAACCCACUAGAAUUCCUAGGUUUAUAUGGAACCCAUCAUGGGGCUUGCCAGAGACAUGAUAUUCCUGCCAGUCUGAUAUCUGGAGAUGCCAAUGAGAAGCAAAUUUUGACAGCAGCUUGGGCCGCAAUUGAUUACCCAGUCAUCCUCUCAAAAGUUCUCAGUGAUUUAUACUACUUUUUCCGUUUUGAGAAUAUAACAAAUGUUGGAGCAGCACUGAGCGUUGUACUUUUGUGUCUAAAAAAAUUCCCUUUGGAGACUCAGAUCCAAAUAUCGGGAAGUGCAAUAAUUUACUAUAUUGUGAAAGGCAACCAAAAGGGGAAUAUUGGACUAAACUUGAAGAGGCGGAUUAUAACAUUGUUGCUGGAUAGUAUGGAAACACACAUUACAGAUCACACCUUAAUGAGAAAUGGAUGUCUCGCUCUCUGCCAAUUUAGGAUUCCUGAAGAUGUUCUAUUUGAGUACGACCGUAUAGUGCAAAUUCUGCUGGACGUCUCCGAAGAUAGCCAUUACACAUUCGUCCAACGAAUUGCGAUUUAUCUCCUCAACUCACUUGCGUGCCAGGUUGACGGGCAGCAGAAACUCUUCUUAGGCGACAGGGGAGCCAUUACUCGAAUGCUGCAUGUGAUUGCCUUGCGCGUAGACCGUAGACAGUGCGACGAUGUAAUGGAGGUUGCCUGGUCCACAAUGUGGAAUGUGACCGACGAGACACCAAUCAACUGUCAACGUUUCCUUGACAAUCACGGAAUGACAUAUUUCCUAGCUUGUCUUAGGUGGUUCCGUGGUAAUUUCGAACUAGUCCGGAACAUGAUGGGUCUCCUCGGUAAUGUUGCUGAAGUGGCAUCCCUACGUCCCAAACUGAUGCGCCCUGUCAUAAUAAUGGCUUUUUAUAACCUCCUGAACUCUGUUGCUGAUGGAAUUGAGGUUAGUUACAAUGCAGCUGGUGUCAUCGCCCAUAUUGCCUCCGAUGGCCCCGAAGCCUGGACAAUUCGCGAGCCUUCUCGUACAGCAGUACUUAACCGUAUGUCUGCAGCCAUACACCGUUGGGACCGCAAAGCCGAAAGGAACAUCAAUUACCGAUCCUUUCAUCCGAUUUUGAAUCUUCUGAAUGCCCGCCAUACCCCGGAAUGCCAGCAAUGGGCCGUUUGGGCUCUCGCUAAUCUUACCACCGUAUAUCCGGAGAAGUAUUGCAAAUUGCUGGAGCGAGAGGGCGGAAUAGAGAUGCUGAAGCAACUCCUACACCCAAAUUAUUCACUGUACAAUAGCUUGUUUGGCAGCAUCAAGAGACUUGUGACAAUCGUUAUUUCCAACUGCGAGAACUUCUCCAACGAGGAGGUACCUCCGGACCAAAUGGAUCACUAA